GUCAAAUAUAAACGAUGUAUGUCCCAUCUGAAACUGACGCGAUCUCUCGAAAUCAAGUAGAUAUAAAUUUGAAAAAUCUCCCGUUUCGUCUGAAAGUUUUACCGCGAUUGCCAUUUUUUGAGAGUUCCAAAAUGUCAAGCGAAGAUUAUAAAGACCGAAAAGCAACCAAACUUAUUACUUCAAGCGUACUCAAAACGAAAGGUCCUCUGAAAAAAGAAGAUGGUAAUGUGUCAACGGUGAGCCAUGAUCUGUCUAAAAUAAACUAUCUGAAAACUUCCUCCUUGUUCGAAUCUGAUGUGCUUAGUCAAAGUCAUACUAGUUCGUCUUGUAUAAGUGAGGAUGCCAGUCAUGCUUUGUAUGACAGGAUGGCGGAUAAGUUCUAUGGAGUUCCCAAUUUUAAUAGGGAUAUUCAUUGGACGAAUGUUCAUCUGGGUGCCAACUGGGGUAGUCAUGCCUAUGAGUACUCUGCGUGGGAUGAUGGGGAGAGGUACACAAGGAAACUGGUGACAUACAACGAUCUUCAAUUGACAGAAGAGGAAGAAGAUGGCAUAUUAACUGACCGCAUUACUGCAGCCUGUAGCAGCUACUUGGAUAGAGCCCCUGAAACUGAUGAAUAUGUUUUAUGCAAAUGUGUAUUGGCAGACAAGGGUUUAUAUAUGAUAUCCGCUAUGAAGAAUUUCCAUUACCUUCAAUAUUUAGAUAUUUCCAAAAAUCGUAUACCAUCAUUAGAAGCCUUAGGACAAAUGCCGUUCUUGAUGUAUUUGGAUGCAUCUUCUAACUUGCUGACGGAAGUACUCAAUUUCAAGGCUCCUUUUAACUUAAUGUACGUCAAUCUUUCUUCAAAUGAAAUAAGGAUCAUAAGAGACUUGUCGGACUUCUGGUCGCUUAUCGUCUUAGAUUUAUCCCAUAACGAAAUUGAAGUUAUUUCUGGUUUGCAGAAUUUGAAGCACUUGAGAGGACUCAAUUUAUCUUACAAUUGGAUCAGUAAAUUGGAAGGUUUGAGUCAUUUGGAUCGGGUACAGUGUAUGACACUUUACAAUAAUAUCAUUAGUAAGUUCGAAGUAGGCCCUGAUGUGGGAUUGAAAACAAUGCUCAGAUUGAAGAAGUUGAGUUUAGCAAGGAAUAUGAUUAACUCAUUGCAAAUCGUAGAGCGAGCAAGAUACCUUCAAAUGCUGGAUAUUUCAGACAAUCGUAUAGAAGAUGCAGCUGAAUUGGUAUAUUUGAAGGACUUGAAUCGGCUCAACGAUCUGGAUAUGAGAGAAAACCCGAUCAGAUAUAAUAACCGAUACUUUGAUACAACCGUCAACUUCUGCAAGGGUUUAUUCAUUCUGGACGGCGAGGAAAUAACAGCCGAGAUGAAGGUGUUGAGUAGGAAAAAAUUCAACAUGGCCAUUUACGAGUACGUCAAACCUGGCACUCAGCACGUUCUGUUGAAUAGUUACAAUUUUCCCAACAUAACGAAAUCAGUGAUUCCAUACACCGAUCCUCCGAAGCCAAUGAUCGUUCUUGUAGGGCCACCAUCCUGCUUGAAGGGUCUAUUGGUCGAUCUUUGCUGUGAAAUAUUUCCUCAUUACGUAUCAAGAGGUGUCAAUCACACGACUAGACCAAGAUCAGAAGGAGAAAUAGAUGGUGAGCAGUACCACUUCGUUACUUAUGAUACCUUCAAAGAUAUGAUGAGAAGAGGUAUGUUUUAUACUACAUCGGAGUACUUCGGACAUCUGUAUGGCUUAGCCCAAUCGGAGUUGUCUAAGGUCGCAUCUAAAAAGUCUGUUUUGAUUUUACACGGUGAUCUGAAUGGCGCAUUGCUGUUGAGAGCUCGAGGACUACGACCAACACUAGUUUUGACUAUACCUAAGACAGAAGAGAUGCAUCGAAAAUACUUACGUCGAAAAUAUUAUUGUCACUCACUCCAAACAGGCAUUCUGGAGGUGGGAAUAUCUCGUACUAAAGCCUACGAAGGUCUCAUGCGAAUGAAGAAAUAUACGCAUCGUCAUAUAGUCAGAGGAGUGAAAAAAAUGCUUGGUGACCUUUUUACAGAUGUGAGAGAUGACCCUAUGGAUGGAAAAAUAGAAAAUCCUGAUAUGACCAUAACUGGGGGCAUGACAAUACGUAAACUAAUAGAUGGUACCUGUGAAGACUUGGCGGAUUUGCUUUCAACACCGAUAGAAGAGUUGAACUCGAAGAAGAAAGAUGCUGAAUACUGGUUUAUGAUGAUGGGGGACAAUGCUGAUCAGAAAAUGUUUUGUUUUCAAGAUCUUGAUAGAAAUCAGAAGGAUGCUUUGAAAAAGCUAGGUGUCAACCAGAUUAUUCAAGAAUAUAUGCUCAACAACGAAAAAUUUGUUGACGACUCUGAAUACAUGAACGAUGUUUCCAGUGGUGAUUAUCUGAAAGGAAAUUCCUCCGUAGUUUUGAAAGAAAUAUCUAAUCUGCAUAAAUUAUUCAAUGAUGUGAUUGCCAAUAGAAAAACAUAUUUGGAAAUGCACUGGGCUAAUCCUGGACUUUUUGCGCAAGUGCUUUUCACAGAUGAUAUGGAUCAUGCUUUGGAUAUUUUAACUGAUGUAUUGAAGUUGUGUGUUCAAUCUUAUCACAUGCGAUCUCCAGUCUGCCAGAUGAAACAUCACCCGAAAAAGCAUCCCUUGGUUCGAAAACGUUUGGAACGAUUACGCAGCAUGAUGAGUUCAAAAGGCAUUGUUGCUAAUGAAAGAAGAAACUGUUCAGGGCCUGAUUUGGGUUUUCAGAAUAUAGAAGGAAAGUGUUACUUUUCUGGAAGUUAAGGAGAUUUAUCAUUCAUAUUUGCCGAACAGAUUAUAUUUAUAUUUUUCUGAAAGUUUUGUAUGAGCAAUAAUUCAUGAAUAUAUAUAUAUUCCAAUUAA